GCCUGGCGUUGUACGAGCUAAAGAUCGCCUCGUAGCUAAAAAUACUUGUGCGUUUUUAAGUUUGCAUCAUUUGCUUGUCUGAACUAUUUCGACAUCAAACUUGUCAACCUUUUUUGGAAACGCCCACCUAGCUUCAACAACAAUGAGUUAUACGGAAAAGAAUGUAGCUAUUGUUAACAAAAUCUUGGAAACAACGAAUUAUUACGAAAUAUUGAAUAUACCACAGAAUGCAACAAAUAAAGAUAUUAAAGCUGCUCAUCGUCAAUUAGCACUUCAAGUUCAUCCAGACAAAAACAAUUGUCCAAAUGCAAAAAAAGCUUUCCAAAAUGUACGUAUAGCUACAGCAAUAUUAUUAGAUGAAGAGAAAAGAAAACAAUAUGAUCGAAGUUUGAAAUUUGGAGGACUAAAGUUGGAUCAAUUGAAUCUGUCAGAUGAUGCUAUCGAUGCAAUCUUGAUGGGAGCUGGGUUAGCCAGUUUUGUAGGUAUUGCAGCAGGUUUGUGGGCUUUGUACGGCUGGAUUAAAAGUCCAAAGAAGGAUGAAUCAAAAUAUACCAGAUAAAAAAAAUUAAAACCUUCACUUCAGUGAAACUCAGACUUCAGUCUGUUUUAUUUGUCUCUCUAUUUUAUAUUAUUAACUGAAAAACAAUUAACUUUUAUUGUCUAGUCAAUAAAGAGGAUUUUAUAUUAUCAAACGUAUGUUUUACUCAUUUAACGCCAAU